AUGACCGAGUGGGAGACUGAGAGCCAGGAGCCCCACGGCAUGGCCCAGAUCAUGCAGGCCAGAAGGGCGGCCCAACUGGGUGAUUACAAAGCCAUCAAGGAUCUGUUGGACCAGGGUUUAGUCGAAGCUGGUGCUAUGGACCCGGACGAUUGUUCUCUUUUGCAUUGGGCUGCUAUUAACAACAGAUUAGACGUACGUUUUUUGCAAGUUAGACGAUUGGCGUGGUUUCGCAUAGUGUAAUAUGACUUAUUUUUUGUGUUUAGGUAGCAAGACUUCUAAUUGAGCGAGGAGCGCCAGUAAAUGCAAUAGGAGGUGUCUUGUCAUCAACGCCGUUGCACUGGGCGGCCAGACAUGGCCAUCAUUCCAUUAUCGCUCUUCUUAUCCAAAAUGGUGCUGAUCCUGAAAUAAAAGACGGGGAAGGUUUUAUGGCUCUUCAUAUUGCUUCCCAGUUUGGUUCCACACCAGUGGUAGCCUAUUUAGUUGCAAGUGGUCAAUCUCCGAAUGCUCUUGAUUCUACCAAAAUGACGCCAUUGAUGUGGGCGGCGUUUAAAGUCCAAGGUUUAAAUCCAUUAAAUGUUCUUCUUCAACUUGGGGCGGAUGUAAACUUGGUCGACUCUAAUUUCCAUGAUACUGCACUGCAUUGGGCUGUCAUUUCUGGGAAUACGUACGCGGUGAAAGAACUUCUGAAGACCGGGGUUAAAGUCGAAGCCUUAAAUCGUGUAAGAUAGUAUAAUCUCAACGAUUUUUUUUUAGCAAAAUGAGACUGCCUUGGACAUUGCAAGGCAACAAGGUCAUCACGCAAUUGUUCAACUACUUGAAACGGCUGCCCGGAAACGAAGACAGGCACCUACGAGCUUCAAACAACAAUUAUACGAGGACGAUGUAAGUUGAUUAGUUUUUAUGCCUAUUUUGUGUUUUAGGUAUUAAAGAAAAGACUGAUAAUGUCGAUCCCAUUAGCAAUAUUCACAACUCUGUUACUAACCUUUUACUCAACCGUUGAUCUCAGAUUGAAGAUAUUUCUAUGUGUUCUUUAUUUUAUAUUUGGUUUAUUUUUGAAAAGGUAAGACUGGGAGGAUUUCUUACUUGUAUCUUACAGUUCAUACUUAAAAUACAAUAGGAGGGAAUGCAUGGACUACUUACCAGUGAGCAUAGCCUCCACAGUAAUGUCCUUUUUUGUUUUUACUUGGUUUACUUUUCUCAAUGGCUUAAUGCCGUGGCACACUCAGAUAUUCAUGAUAUUUGUGAUAAUAAUCGUGCCAUAUCUGUUUAUCAAAUCCAUAUAUUCCGAUCCGGGUAUCAUAAAAUCAACUGAUGCGGUAAGUUGUUUUAUUCUUGCCUCUUUGUCUAAACGUUGUACUAGUUAUUAAACUAUUCUUUAAGGAAAAGCUCAAAGCGAUAAAAGAAGUGGUCGAAGAGAAUGUUUUUGGCCAGAACUUUUGUGUUACAUGUCUCAGGAAGAAACUGCCUCGAUCCAAGCACUGCAGGUAAGUGACUUUAAUGGCAUAAACAUGUUUCAAUUUCCAGAGUCUGCGAACAUUGUAUUGUGAGAUACGAUCAUCAUUGCCCAUGGAUAGCCAAUUGUGUUGGAGGAAAGAAUCACCGGUUAUUUUUGGUAUUCCUCGUCGGUACCUUCUUGGGAUCUGGCGUUAUCACUUUGAGUAGUAUUUUGUGUAAGGAAUUACCAAAUUACCCUCAAUCUGAAUUUCUUCUUUAGACAUGAGAUCUGAAUGCUCAGAAUUGGAGUUUUACGAAGUGAUUGGAUGUGAGCCAGCGGUUUUGAUGACUUCAACAUUAGGAGUUUUGGCAACGGGGCUAAUAUUCAGUCUUCUUGUGAUGCAAUUAUAUCAGGUAAGUUAUAGUUAAGGACUUCAAUACGAAUUCAUGUAGAUCGGCCGUGGGUUGACCACAAACGAACGACUGAAUGCUCACAGAUACGGGUAUAUGACUGUUAAGGAAGACAAUGUGAUCACGAAGAGCCCUUACGAGUAAGUUCUUUUCACAAAACAAAUUUAGAGUAGUGUUUGUAAUGCCUAUCUUUUAAGCAAUGGAAUCACCGAGAACUUGAAGAUUUUUUUGAUGUCGAAAGAACUGGACUUUGUUGAGUUUGGUCCCACGAAAGAUGGCUACAUCAACGUGUAA